ACCUCAUUUGCAAACGAACGCGUCAUAAACGUAAAGCCGCAUUUUGGUCUAGCAGUGCGAGUUGUUUGUAAUUGCUUUUUUAACAUUUAAAUUUUGAGAGUUGUAUAUCAACAUAAAAAUAAACAAUGGACAUUCGCCCAAGCCACACCAUUUACAUCAACAAUUUAAAUGAGAAAGUGAAAAAAGAUGAUCUUAAGAAAUCGAUGUACGCUAUUUUCUCGCAAUUUGGUCAAAUUCUUGAUAUUGUGGCAUUAAAAACGCUGAAAAUGCGCGGACAAGCCUUUGUCAUAUUUAAGGAGAUUUCAAGCGCCACAAAUGCAUUGCGCACAAUGCAAGGGUUCCCAUUUUAUGAUAAGCCAAUGCGAAUCGCAUACUCAAAAACGGACAGCGAUGUCAUUGCCAAAAUCAAGGGAACAUUCAAAGAAAGACCAAAGAAAGUCAAACAACCCAAACCUGUUCCGUCGACCGAUGAAAAACGUGAGAAAAAGAAGAAGACUCCCGGUGCAGCCGAUGGCGCUACUAAUCCAACGGCUGAGCAGCCACCAAAUCAAAUUUUGUUCUUAACAAAUUUGCCGGAGGAGACCAACGAAAUGAUGUUGUCGAUGUUGUUCAAUCAAUUUCCUGGUUUCAAAGAAGUUCGAUUGGUACCCAAUCGGCACGAUAUUGCAUUCGUUGAGUUUGCAACUGAAUUGCAGAGUAGCGCUGCCAAAGAGGCUCUGCAGGGUUUCAAAAUUACACCGACCCACGCCAUGAAGAUUACUUUUGCAAAGAAGUAGACUUAUUAUUAACAAUCGAUUUGUCAAUAGCUUCAAUUAUUAUUUCACUCAUUUCAGUGAAUGUCAUUUUUUCCACACACACACAAAAAAAAUUACUGAAUGUACUAUUAAUAAAACCAUGCAAAAGCAUUGCACCUCGCUUAAACAUGGUGUAGUUUGUAAUGCCUUUUGAUUUUAAGAUCACA